UUUCGUGGAAAUCGAGUGCGUCUCGGGCUUGUAAUCUUUCGUCGUUAAUUCGAAUCAAUUUCAUCGAAAUGAAGUUAAGGUUGAUUUGUUAGUACGCGCGUCCGCAAGGCAUCGCGGAUCGCUCGGUCUCGACCAGUGACGUCACGACUACUCUGACGUUUGCGCCUCCAUUCCGGGGAUUCGGGACUGAAGUCGCGUAAUGUGAUCGACGGGAAUAUCGCCGCUUUCGUUGAAUUUUGCGUGAUUCGCGGCUUACCGGGAGUGUUGCGCGAGAGUAUUUGCCGAGUGGGUUUCGUGAAAAUCGAGUGCGUCACGGGCUCGUAGUCUUUCGUCGUUAAUUCGAGUCAACUUGAUCGAAAUCAAGUUAAGGUUAGUGCACGCGCUCGCGAUAUCGCGGGUCGCCGGUUUCGAUCGGUUACAUCACAAUUGUCGACACGUUUACGGCUCUUUUAUAUUAAUUAUCUGCUUUUUUUGAUCGAUGGAUGAAUAGAGAUGAUUUAUCCGCUUCGUCGGCAAUAGCGACGGAGCCAUUAUAUAGCCGAGAGAUUAUUUCAAACAUCUCGUGCGGGUAUGACUGCUGAGUCGCAACCACAACAGAGGCCGUAUAUCGAGACAGCCUGGUAGCGUGGACGAUGAUGGAUGAACACGUAGAAUAGAAAAUCUUGGCUGCGAGCAGUAGCGUGAUAUUACGCAGAAGAAGCAGGAAAAGUACAGGAGAAGGAGGAGAGGGUGGAGGAGGCAAAAGCAAAAAUGACGGACGGAAUUUUGUGUCGGCGGAAGAAAAGCUUUUUGAUCUGGGCAAAGCCACUGAAAAAUCUAACGGGAAACGAAUAAAAGUCUACGCGAAGAUCGACAGGGAGCAGGAGAAAGACCGGCAGCAAGUCGAGAUAUUCAACGGCUGUGACAUAUUGUUGUGCGCUCGCUCUCGGGACGAAAAAAAGGGGAGCAGGGAAACGAGACGAAGAGGAACGAACGUAGCGAACAAAAGCGGAACGGAGUAGCGAGACAUGCCGGGGAAGAUGAUAUUGAGGCGGAGAACUGAUUGAAACGAGAGAAAAUGACGACUAUCGAGGCCGCUAGUGAAAUGAGUGCGGUACGUCGAGCAAUAUGGUUCAGUGCUGUAUUAUUCGCAGCGACACCCUUGGCCUACACUCAAGUAACAUGGACGCCUAUCUAUGUGGGAGGAUACAGUCAAGUUGAUCUCUGGACACAGAGCACCACCGGCUGCGCCUGUAGCUUCAAUUCGUCCAGCAACGAUUGCGCUUGUUGUGUACCGUCAGGCGGAUGCAGCUGCGGUGCAGCUUCGCCGGAUAGAUGCGCUCAAUGUGGCCUGGAGCAGCAUUGCGCGAAUAUGUGCAAUAUAACGUUGGACAGCAGGCAGCUGUUCAGCAAAUCGGAUCGUGGCUUCGGGCAAAUAAAGUCGCCGUAUCUUCAAGGGCCCUCGAGGUGUACAUACAGAUUCGUGCCGGAUACUGGGCAGCGGGUCGAGCUGCAGAUAUAUCGACUGGUGUCCAUCGGCCGACAUAACGGCACUGCGUGCGAGGGUGGCUGGCUACAGCUCGAAGGCAGCGCUCGCGUCUGCGGUCGUAAUCAACGCUUCGACCGGCCGGUCGUGCUCUUUUCGGAUAAGCCGAUCGCGACUCUACAUAUGCAAAUAAACGAGAACACGACUCGGUCCCAGUUCCUGGCCUACUUCAGCUUCUCGUCCAAAGCGAGCACGUCCGUCGGCUGGCCGGUGAGGGGCGGACAUCCCGUUAACAACACCGAAUGCGAUUCUGUGUAUGAAGAUACGGAUUGCCAUGACGGAUGCGUUCUAGCCAGUCCCGGAUAUCCGGGAUUGUAUCCGCCAAACAUCCGUUGCCGGUACCUGAUCACUUCUAGCCCGCGAGUCUCCAUUGCCAUCAACUUCACAGCGGUGCUUCUUCCUUACAAUCACUGUACCAGCGAUUAUAUCGCUGUUUAUUCGGGCCCAACCACGUCGAGCCCGUUGCUGAAGAUGCUCUGUGGCAAGGACAAGAUAGCAUUGAUAUAUGACGGUCAAGAACUUCUCGUCGAGUUCAGAACUGGUCCCGAGGUAUCACCUUUCGAUUACAACGGUUUCGUCGCGACACUGAAUUUUAUAGAAAUGACGACGGAAGCUCCAACGACAAUUGCUGUCGACAGUAUAAAUAAAAGUCUUGAGAUAAUGAAGCCCGGUAGCUACAACAACCGUGACCUACACGAUCUCCGUAAGAACCAAGGUGCCGUGAUCAGCAGUUGCGAUCUCGAAGUGAGUGGCGAGAAGGUACGGGCAGGUCACCACGAUACCAGGGGCAAGCCAAAGUCCACGACAUGCAGACUCGUGUUGCGUGGCCGCGCUUACGACACCGGACACGUCUCCUUAGCCAGUUACAACCUCAGUGCGCAGUCUUGCCAAUCGGCAAUCGAGAUAUUCGACGGUUCGCCGGAGAGCGGGAUGCUGGAUACCGCCAACUCUUUGGAGAGGAUCUGUAGUCCUGCGCAGUGGCUCCCGCGGGAACUCGCGGGCCAGGAUAAGUACGUCGAGCCAAAGCGUUACUCGUCCAAUGGCCGGGACAUGACGGUGGUUUUAAGGCGCGCCUCGAACAGCCCUACUGACGAGGAGUAUAUGGAGGUCUCGUACUACUUCCACGACGAACGUGAGGGUGGCACUCAGCAGCCUGCCAGCGUGUGCGACGUCGAAUAUUACGGAUUGACGUCACCGGUGGAAGGCUCAGUGGUGCAUCCGGAGCCGCACCGAUUAUUCGCCAUGGAAGGUCCGGUGAAGUGCAGGCAGCACUUUAUACCGGCGCCCAACCAGUCGGUGGUCAUUACCGUAGAAGGUAGCACGAAACAAACUCCAAACAACUCUUGCGAGACCAAGUGCGGUGACAGCGGCUGCCACUGCGUCAGCAAGUCCGUAGAGAAUAUGGACCACCUUUUGCUUGUCUCCGAGACCGGACACAUUGUCACAUGUCUCUGCGGAAAUUAUCAGGACUGGCUUCCGGUGGGUAUCCGUAGCUGGACCCCGGUCUACAUCGAGUGGUCGAGGUCAUCAAAGGCAGGCCUCAAUUUCCACGCGGCGUACAAGUUUAUCAAUGACACUUACUGCGGCGAUCACACGAUGGCGGAACCUGAAGGCGAGGUCAAUGGUGGUGAUCUGGCGAGCGCCGGGCUCAAGCUGAAUCAGUAUUACCAGCAGAAGUGCACGUGGAUCCUGGACUCGACGAUCGACCGACAACUCAUCAUCGAAGUCAAGUCCACACAGAGCCGACCGUGCACUGCGUGGAAUCUGACAAUACACGAGUACAGGAAGGAGGGCGACCCCGCCGGACCCAGAUUGCACACGUUCUGUUCGAGGGAUUCGCACAAGAAUUUCACCCUGCCGUGGAAGAUGAAUACCGCGGUGGUUAGAUUGCAAGCCCUUGGUAGAACCGCGCCGCAAUACACGAUGAGGUGGCGAAGUCAGACGGUGAUCGCCAAUACUCGCAAAAGCGGACCAUCGCCAGCACCGAACUGGCACGUGGUGAGCUCCUCGAGCAAAGCCGAACCGCGAGAAAAGGCUUUCCUCAUUUUCGUCGUGUUCGCGAUUUUUCUCGCACGCUCGUUUGACUGUUGAGACUGUAAAUUCGGGGUAAAAAACCGCGUCUACACAUACCUGUUCCUGUUAAUCGAACGAAUCUAAGUUAUAGCAUAUGUACAUAAACUUGUGAGGACUCGCGCCGGGAUCCUUGUUUUACGUCGCUCGAUUUGUAAGGUGGUUUUAAAGUGGACAGCGCAUCGUCAAGAGCCGAGAUAUUCGCCGGCUGGCUCGUUAAUUCCCGGCUGCAUAAUUUUUCACGAAAGAAAUAUUUUAGAUGAAGCAGAAGAGAAAUAUCGCAUCGUACACGCGACGAUUAAUUCCGAGGAGAGAAAUUUUUAACUGAUCUCUGCUAUAUUUUUCACUCUACAUACGAUCCAAUUUUUUACGGUACGAUGGAGAGUUUACGAGCCAGUUUACCGUUCUUCUCGAUCGAAUCGUAUGUAUACAUAUAUAUAUACAUAUAUAUUAUACACACCCAUACAUGUGCGUAUGUCAGAUAUAAAGAGAGUGACGAUCAGCAUGUGUAAUAAGUGAUUAGUUUGCACAAUCGACUGUCACUCGAAUCGAAGAAGAUGGAUCUGUUUAAAGCCUUUAAAUCAUUUAUUCUUUAUCCGAUUAGUUUAAAAAUUUUUGUAUUCUAUGCGGAAAUAAAUAGUAAUAUUGAUUUCAACAUUUUAUUAUUUUGCUAAUUAGAAUUUGAGCAUUAUUAAUAUAUAUAAAUGUUAUUCUUCAGUAGAUAUUGUAGAACCCGUUCACCCCACGUCUCUCAUUUUCUAAAAUAUUUUUACAAGUCGAUAGUUGUACUAAAUGAAGAUGUAACUGGUAAAUAUUGUACGGUACAAUUCAUAUAAUUAUUUCUGAAAUAGUAUGUAGUGCUAUUUUUUACUAUGUUUUCAUAAUCUUCACAGUUUUCGAGCUUUUAUUUAAAUGUAUUAAGGCCAGAAUAAUAGCCUUGUGUAUAUAUUAUACAUAUAUAAAGAAAAUAACAUGCAAGAACGCGAUGCACGGAUUUGAAAUAGCGAAAAUCACACACGAGUCACCCCUCUCUCUUUCAGGCGAAUGCCAAAUUACACGUGUAAGAGAUUAAAAACCAUGUAGCGAUCUGUGUACAUAGGUAGUGGCGUUAAUAGAAUUUGUACAGAACACACGAUUAAUUGUAUCUACCCUAAGUCUGCGAAUUACUGUAAAGUAACGAUAAGAUAAUUAAUCUUACGCGGCUCCGAGGGAAUGAGAACGAACGAAGAGAGAGUGUGUAUUUUAACGAACGAACUUGGGUACGUGCCCAAGACACUUCGCAAUUUAUUGUUAUACGGUUUGCCAGCCGAACGGGAUGCCCUUAUCACCACGUAUUCGUAUCGAUAAUUAUCAAUCCGUUCCUUUUUUCGAGGAAUCGCGAAUCGAGAAAUCACACCAAGAGCAAACUCGCUCUCCGAAUAUCUCACGAGAUAGGGCGCGCCGAUCUAUUGAAGCAAACUCGCAAUUAUUGAUUAUUACUGAGGAAUAAAAUGGAAAUAAAUGAUAGAGGUCGUAAAUAUUUAAUGUACGUAUUUGCUAAUGCCACCCGAUAGAAUGAAUCGCGAAUCGCGUACUCCUAACCAGCUGUACAACAAUGCGAGAAUGUUUCUACAAUUUUCCAUUGAUUUUAUAAUGAAUCUGUGAAAUCUCAUCGCGUUUUUUCUUUCUACAGCUAAUUAAGGUAAUGCAACGUGUAUUGGCCUAAGAAUAAUAACAUUAGUCAUCCUUAUGCACUUCCUCUGAAAGAGUCUUUAUAUCGAAUGUAUUUUAAUGUAAAAAGGAAUUCGUGUGUUAUUCUGUUGUAUCAUCCUCGUUUUAUAAUUUUUAUCUCAUAUACAUUAAAUGUAUCUGAUCUCAUUUUAAAAAUACAAACAUAUAGAUAUGUUAUUGACCGCUGUAAUAUCGAAAGUUACGUUUUUGAUAUUUUGCGGAGAUCUUUUCACUCGAUCUUUUCUUAAAAUUUAUAAAUCAUAUCUCUACAUUGUAUUUUAUGCUCAGAAUGUAAUUUUUAAAAAUGUAAAUUUAUUUAAAUUAAUUUUUGUGCUUCCUCUACAAUCGAAAAAAGAAAUAUGCAUUCCCAAAAUAGAUUGAGAAAAUUGAUUAAUGAUACAUUAUAAUCAUACUAUAGAAGUUUUACUUGGGAAUUUUAAUAUUUGUUGUCGUAACACUUCGAAUUACUUUUAUACGCGUUGUUACUAAAUUCGUGUUUAGCGAUACGCAGACAGGGGCACUUAUAUUAUAAUACGUUGUUGUAAUUCAUAAGGUAAAGCGAUAUUAUACUCGCCGAAAACCUCGUCAAACCAGACAUGAAAGUCAUUAUCUAUUUAAUUAUCGAGUGAUGCAAUGAAAUCGAAAUCGACGCGCAGCAAUGUAAUUUAAUAUAAAGAAUGUAGAUGUGUGAGCAAUAUGUUAAAAAAUUAAUUUUUCAAAGAGAAGUACGAAAAAUACUAUGCGCUUCUAUGUUCACUAUUCAUAUUGUAUUUGUAGAAAUUACGUUCAACAUUAUUACUGCGUAUUUAUGCAAUAGCUGGCCUUUUAUUUGGAAAGUAUACCGAUUUUACACAAAACACGUGCGACCUAAUGAAAGAAAAAUACGUGUUACAUGUACAUGUACUAGCCACGUAUAUAUAAGUCACAAUAAAUAGUCAAUUGUUUCAUAUAAAGUCUAAAUAAAGUAAAAUGAAACA